UCCCGAUCACGCCGCCGAGGAGGUCCGCUCCGCUCCGCGCCGCGCGCUCCCAGCCAUGCUCGCCGUCGAAGCCGCCGGCGGCGCACCAGCAUCGCCGUUGUAACCGUUCACAAAAAAAGAAAUUGUUUAACUUUGCAUACGGCUUACGAUAGAAAAACAAGAGACGUCGAAAAUUUAAAUCAGUGCGCACGACAACGACGCUGUCCCCGAGGGAAGUUGAACUGAAAAGAGUCGAAAAAGCGAAACCGAGAAACGAAAAAAUAAUCACCCGAGCCCGCGCGUAAUCUGUGAUCGCGUCUAUUGACAGUGACGGAGUGGGAAGGAAUCUGUGAAAAGUUAGUCUGUGCGUGUGUAUCGGCGCGCUGGCCAGUGUGAUCGAGUGUUUGACGAGUUGGGGACGCCCGCCCCGCUGGACUUCCCCCUCGCCCCGCUGCCGCCGCCGCAUUGGAUAACCCUCUCCUCCCCGCAGCAGCACGCCCCCGCGCCACCGACACUCCCCGAGGUCUCGCCAUGGCGGCGUCAUCCGAGUUCCGGCGACAGCAGAGCCGCGUCUGGUGGUCGAGCUUCCACGGCGACGAGCAUCUCAUGUCGGCCCUCGGCUCGCCCAUCCCCCGCUCGCCCGCCCCGGGACCCUCCGCCGCGGCGGCGGCGGCGUCCCCGGCCGUCGGCGCCGCGCCCGCGCCCGCCGGCACUCCCGGCCAGCAGGCCGACGGCGUCCUGGAGCAGGAACAGCAGGGCGGCAGGGACGCGUCCAGCUCCCCCAGCACCUCGCACAAGAGCCAGGACUCGGGGUUCUCCGACUCCGACGGCUCGCACCGUGCCGCCGCCUCGCCGCUGUCCACGUCGCCGGAGGUGACCGAGGGCGCGCAGCUGCCGAGCACCCCGUCCCCCACCCACAGCCGGCUGCAGCUGUGCCUCAGCGGCGCCUGCACCUCCACGCCCCGCGACCAGGGCCCCAGCCGCGGCCCCGCCCGCGGGCCCGCGUCCUUCGGGGGCCACGCCACGCCGGGGGAACUCAGGCGGAGGCUGUCCCAGGAUGACUCGUGCAUCCAGUCGCGACCGCUGCCCGCCAUCCCCGUGGCGUACCGGCGCCAGCGCUCCGCCGAGGAGCAGCGCCGGCGCACCUCCCGCGCCCACCUGUCCCGCAGCGUCGCGGCGCCCGCCUCGCUCGACACGUCCCUGGAGGACGACGAGCUGACGGCCGCGCUCAACCAGACGUUCCCGCUGCCCGGGCCGCCCGACUCGGGCCACCGCGCACCCCGCUGCUUCAUCAAGAACCGCAAGAACGCGGCGGCCAACAGCCGGCGCCAGCAGCAGCAGCGCUACACCAGCCGGGUCGCGCCGCCGGCCGACGAGCCGUCCACGACGGCGAGCUCCGUCUGCGACUCGCCCGCGCCCCUCCACGCCACCGUGGUCAGGCGCCCCGUCCCGGACGGCGGCGAGGACACGACUGCGGCCUCGGAGCACGCCGACAUCCUGGACGCGCCCCACCAGCACCUCCUCCUGGACGUGACGUCCGGCCCGGGGCUGCCCGCGCACACGUCCACACCCAAGGCGCUGCCCGCGGCGGCCGCGCAGCUCGCCAGCCCGAUGCUCGCCCUCGCCCAGCCACCGACGUCCACGCCCACCAGGAGGCCGGCGGGCGGCUCGGCCGCGCCCGCGGCGGGCAGGCGCGCCCAUGACCGCCUCAGGAUGAGCGCGCGUCCGGUCAACCUCCUCAACAACUAUGAAGUCAAGGACGAGGCCGCGGCGACCCCGGCGGCGGCGUCGCCGUGCGCGCGUCUGGAGGCCGAGCAGUCGCGGCAGCUGCAGGUGCCCGGGUGCGCGGGCAGCGCCGUGGCGGCGUGGCUCGGCGGGCUGCGGCUCGCCUGCGAGCCCGAGUGCUCCGUCACCCUGCAGAGCAAGGCGCUGCUCGGCGCCGACCCCCGCGGCCUGCGCCAGCUCAGCGGCGUGCAGCUCGCCUCCCCGCAGGGCCUGGCGCACCUGCAGCGCCGCGCGCAACUCCUCUCCGGCGAGUACACCCGGCUGUGCGGGCGCGUCCAGCGCGGCUCGCUGAGCCAGGUCGGCCCCCUGACGGAGACGCUGCUCAACCACGUGCUGGAGUUCCUCCAGGACCACGUCAGCGCCGUGCCCGAGGAGCGCGCCCACCGCCUGCGGUCCGCGUGCGAGCGGCUGCGCGCCGACGCCACCAAGCAGCACCCGGAGCCCGCCGACAUGGCCGCGUCGCUGGCCGCCGUGCGCGCCGCCCUCACCGCCACCGUCGACGCCAUCCUGGAGAAACAGGUCCAGGAGCUGGUGAACGUGCUGGAGGGCCCAGCCUCGCCGCUGUCGCUGCGCACGGCCGUGUCGGCGCUGUGCGCGCUGGGCCGCCAGGGGUCGGCGCUGUCCGACCUGGUGGUGCGGUGCGGCGGCGUGCGCGCGCUGCUGCAGGUCGUGCUGGACGCGCGCACUUCGCAUACACGCCGCGCCGCCCUGCGCGCCCUGUCCGCCGUCUGCUGCACCGCCAAGUCCGUCCGCAGCCUGGAGCAGGCCGGCGGCGUGGAGGUGGUCGCCGAGCUGCUGUCCGAGUCCAAGCGGCCCGAGGAGGAGCGCGCCGAGGCCGCCGCCGUGCUCGCGCAGAUCACGGCCCCCUGGGUGCCCGACAACGCGCGCGUCGAGGGGCUGUCGGAGCACCUGGACACCGUGGUGCACGCGCUCACCAAGCUGGUGCGGGGCGCCUCGAGUGGCGAGGUCCUACUGCUGGGCGCGGCCGCCCUGGCCCACCUCAGCUACGUGGAGUCGUCCGCCGUGUGGCCGCUGCUCACCGCCGGCGCGCCGGGCGCCGUCCUGCAGGCCGUGCGCGCGCAGGGGGCGCGCUGCUCCGUGUUCCUGCAGGAGCAGGCCGCCACCCUGGUGGCCAACAUGUCAGCCGUGCCCGAGGCGCGCGCCGAGCUGGCCGCCGAGCGCGCCGUCGUGGCGCUGCUGUGCUUCCUGCAGCUGAGGCCGUCGCCGCUGCAGAGGGCGGCCGACAUCGCGGCGGCCGAGCGCGUCCAGCACAAGGCGGCCAUCGCCCUGUCCAGGAUGGCGUCGGACCCGGAGGUGGCGCGCCAGGUGGUGUCCCUCGAGGGCGUGCCCCGCCUGGUCCGCCUCUGCCGCGACGAGAAGGAGCGCAACCACAGCGACGGCGUCCUGGUGGCUUGCCUGGCUGCUCUCCGAAAGAUUGCUGCUAACUGUGGGACCGUCGUUCUCAGCAAGCGGGACCGGCGUGAGCUUCUUGAGCCCAGGCUGUUGGACUCGUUCAUGCUUUUCUCCACGCGACAAGAGAGCUACGUUUAGCUUCCACCUUUUCACCGAAACGUGGUGAAGACCUAUACGGACACGGCGAUUUGCGCCGUCUUUUUAGACAGUCCCCAAGACUGCCUCUUACUGGAGGGACGAGAGCUCCACCUCCUCACUCUCUUUUCAGAAAGUCCCCAAGGUUUUACUAAAGUAUACUAUACUUGAUUUAGGCGUGCGGACGGGUUUGCGUGUCCACUCGGCGCCCAUAAGGUGCCACGGUAAGCGAUGGUAGGCAAGCCCGCACGCACGCCUGUAUCCGGUACAGUGGUAUAACCGAAUGAAAGAAAGACGACACCAAUCAUCCAAUCUGUAUUUUUACGGCAGUAAAGUAAGUAAAAAACCUGCCUUAGUGGGAAUCGUGGACAGACUGUCAUCACAAGAAUAAAGGAGUUAUCAAAUGCUCAGCCAAAGGGGGUUAUCCAUUUAAGCUCAACUGCUGAUAUAUUCUACUUUUAAGUUAUAAUAUGUUUCAUGAUGAACAAUGAGAAUGUCAGAUGUAUUUUUGUGCUAUAAUUUCUCAUUAUUGUAAAAGUAAGCUAUUUUUUUCUUUUGCCAAAGUUGUUAAUAUUUAACCAUUAAACCCAAAGAUUCAUCUGGCACAUAAUGAUGUUAAAAGUUAUUGUCAUAUGCUGAGAUGAAAAAGAAGGGAAAAUUCUAGAAAAUAGUGAGUGAGGGUGAACAAAAGCUGAGGGAUUUGGGAGGAAAUGACGACUACGUGUGCCAAUUAUGAAUCGUCAGUUCUGCCGUCACACCGCUUCCUUGUGAAUGUAGCACUGACAGUAUUCUGAAAAUAUUGACAAGAGAAAAAACAAAAGGGGAAAAAAGGGGAAGCUUGUUGAUUUUGUGUUAGUGUUCUUCCAUAUUUUAUACAACCUGCACCUCUUUCCCAAUGUUGAGUUUCAUCUCUCUCUUCUUAUUGUUACUUUUCUUUGUUAAAGACAUAGUAUUUCUAGUCAUUGUUAUUUUAGCAUGUCAAUAAAAGAAUGAACCAAUUCA